AUGAAAAGGCACCUGGUGAUCCUUCGUGAUCCUUCAUCAAACCCCAGAAAUGACCACACGCCCCCAAACCCGCGGAGACUUCCACGUCAGCAUAGUCUGCACCCUCGACACCGAAAAACAAGCCAUCGACAAAUAUUCGACCAAGUCUACGACGCAGCUGACUUUGGCAAACUUGGCGGCGAUGCAAACUACUAUAAAAUCGGCCGUAUCAGUAGACACAACGUUGUUCUGGUAAAACUUUCCGGUAAAGGAACACAAUAUUCUUCUCGCUCAGUAUCAGACUUGAGUCAAUCUUAUCCAAAUAUCAACGUCUACCUGCUCGUGGGGAUAUGCGCUGGUGUCCCCUUUCGAGGACGGGAGCGAAAAUUAGAGACUGAGACUAUACUCGGUGAUGUGAUUAUAGGUGAUAGUAUCAUUCAGACUGAUUACGGAAAGCAGUAUUCCGAGGGGUAUCAGAGACAGACUAAUCGACGUGAAGUUUUGGGGAAUCCUCCGUUGGAUAUUCGGAAUAUGUUCAGUCAUUUGUGGUCUGAACCGGAACCACUGCGUGAUCGGUUCACCCAUAACCUUGACACAAAAAACGAUCCAACCUGCCAUUCAGCUCUGGGUGAUUCAUGCACCACGAUCGGUUGUUCAGACUAUCCACAUCACCUCAUCAAUAGAGUACGAUUAGCCCCUGACAAUAAAAAUACGAACUUCACUCCGAAACCGCUAAUUCACUUCGGAACCAUCGCCUCAGCAAACACCGUCAUGAAAUCAGGCGAAUAUCGAGACCAAAUCGUCGAAAGAGAGCGAGACCAAUGGGACGAGAACAUCAUUGCAUUCGAAAUGGAAGGAGCAGGCAUGUGGGAUAGCAGACCAUGUGUUAUAAUAAAAGGGGUAUCCGACUAUGCAGAUACUCAUAAAAAUGAUAUUUGGCAUGCGUACGCAGCUGCAACUGCGGCUGCGUGUACAAAGGCUUUUUUGGAAUUGUGA